UUUGGUCAGAGCACGCGCUGACGUCAUGACGGCGACACGUUGUUGGUUUUUGGCGCGAAAUUCCUCCUCUGAAGAUUCCACAAUGAACGCGCGUUAGAAUGUAAACAGCGCUGAGUUUGUUGAUUUAAUUUCGCGGUUCUUGUGAAGUCUGCUCUUUCUGCCGUUUGGUUUUCAGGAGUGUUGUAGACAGUCGCCGAUCUGAUUCCCUGAUUCCCUGUACAGCUAGCUUGCUAAAGUGUCUCUGCUGUUGUUUGUGGCACAGCGUGUGAGAAUGUCAGACGCCAGUGAUCUGAGCGCAGGAGAGGAGGGCCAGGAGGAGGUGAUGACCCCGGCGGAGCUCAUCGCCAGACUGGAGGAGGCUUGGCUGAAUGAGAAGUUUUCUCCAGAACUGUUGGAGAACAAGUCAGAGUUGGUGGAGUGUGUGAUGGAGCAGAUCACACACAUGGAGGACAAUCUGCAGCGGGUGAGGAAAGGUGAUGUGAAGGCCAGUGUGCAUCGCAUGGAGAUCGAUCGCAUCCGCUUUGUUCUGAGCAGCUACCUGCGCUCAAGACUCCAGAAGAUAGAGAGGUUUUUCCCUCACGUUUUGGAGAAAGAAAAGUCACGUGCUGAUAGAGAUCCUACAUUUCUUUCCCCUGAAGAGUUUGCCUUCGCUAAAGAGUAUCUGGCCAACACAGAGGUGUACCUCCGAAACGUGGCUCUGAAACACAUGCCCCCGAACCUGCAGAGCAUUGACAUGCUGAAGGCUGUUCCUGAGCCGUGUCUGGACUCGUUUGUGUUCCUGAGAGUGAAAGAGAGGCAGGAGAAUAUCCUGGUGGAGCCCGAGACAGAUGAGCAGAGGGAGUACGUUGUGGACUUGGACGAAGGUUCGCAGCACCUGAUGCGUUACCGUACUAUAGCGCCUCUAGUGGCCAGCGGUGCAGUGCAACUCAUUUAAACCUGCAGAGCCUCAGGAUCUGAAUGAAGACGCCACAGAGGAACAGAUCGCCUGUGUACUUCAUCCGCACAUGCUAGAUGGCCAGCUGUGAACAUCUGUCAGCCUCUCAGCACCUUUACAGAUCCUGUCUGGACCCUGAGCACAUCCAUAUGUUUGAAUCCAAAAGCAUUUCUAUCUUAAAAUGCCUAAUUCUCAUCAUGACACUGACUUAAAAUGUCAGUAUGGAUUAUUAUUAUUGAGUAUUGAGUACUAAUCUAUAAAAAAAAAGAAAAACCAAUCUUUGACGUAUUCUGACAAAUGGAUAUGUAACAAAACACAGAUAUUCUGAAUGGAUGUUUAUCUGGAUUGUUUUGAGUUGUUGAUGACGUCCAGCAGAAUUUCAUCACAUAUUGACAGCUCAGUCUGAUCAGAAACUGGUGAACCUGACACUCUUGCUCUGAAACGGAAGCUGUGGUUUUCUCUGUAAGUGGGAAGUUGUCGGUUUGGACGUAUGUGGUUGUUUAAGUGGCCAUUGGGGUUUUGCUGGUGUGUUAGAAUAAAAUUAUAUUAUUUAUGUUUCUA